GUGCGUUGCAUUUAUGUUGCAUAUUUACCAAUUAAGAGGUGGCAAAAAAAAAAUACGUUAAGCAUAUAAUUAUCUGAAAACUAGUCGGGAUACGAGUCAAUUAGUGUGAGAAAGAAAAAUGUCGUCAUGGAAAAGAGCGGCAAAGGCGAACCAAAAAACUCAUCGAGAGCGUCACCAGCCGGAAAGCAGAUCGCACUUGGGUCUGCUGGAAAAGAAGAAGGAUUAUGUAGCGAGGGCUACGGAUUACCAUGAGAAACAAUCGACGAUAAAGCUGCUGCGUAAGCGAGCGCUGAACAAGAAUCCAGACGAGUUCUACUUUCACAUGAUAAACGCGAAGCUUCGUAAUGGAAUUCACAGAGAAAAGGAAAAGGCAGAGGAGCACACGCCGGAUCAGAUAAAACUAAUGGAGACUCAGGACAUCAGAUAUGUUUCUUACAAGAGGAACAUCGAGGCAAAAAAAAUCGACAAACUACAGAGCCAGCUACACAUGAUCGAUGCGGCUAACGAGACCAGAAAUAAGCACACGUUCUUUGCUGACGAUGGGAAUGAAGUGAAGUCUUUCGACGUGGCCAAGAGGCUAGACACGCAUGCGACGCUGCUUGACCGGCGAACGAAUAGACCAAAACUGUCCAAGCUGAAGGAAAUGAAGCUACCAGAUAUCGAUGAAAAAAUGCUGGCAAAAAUGGAGCAGCAGAAACACAUGGCUUACAAGGAAUUACACAAGCGUAUCGACCGCGAAAGAGAACUGUCGAUCGUGCAGCAGAAAAUUGAAAUAAAACGAGCGUUACAAGAUAAAAAGGUCCCCAACCCUAAGCAAGUCAAACCUGGAACACCCGACGGGCCACCCAUCUUUCAAUGGAAAUUUCAACGGAAACGAUGAAUAUCUGUGUAGUAUUUUCGAUACAAUCGAUAUGAAAUAAAUCAACGUUUUUUUUCUACGUGACGUUUUCGUUUCUUUUCUGUUUUUUUUUUCUUUUUU